GCAUUCCUCGGUUUGCGAGACAGAAACUGGAUAUUAUAAGAGCCUAAUUUGCGAUAAUAGGAUAAAAAGAAAAUAAAAAAGAAUCAAGAAAAGGAAAAAGGAAGUGUUGAUCAGAAAAAAUACCUUAAGCCUCUUUUCUCUGUUGUAUCUUUCAGGUAGGUAUCUAUCUGAUCUCACCAUUAAAUUUCCACUAGACCCAUCUGAAGCAGAAAAAAAUCAAUUGAAGUAGUUGCUGUAAGGUUAUUCCAUCAAGAUGAAACCUGUUUGCCCUUUUGUUAGAGCUUCCAGACCUGAUGACACUUCUAUUAAGAAGCCUGGUGAAAACCAAAAUAAACUGCCGGCUAGUCAGGAGAGCAAGCCUAAACAAGAGUCUGGAGAAUCUGCAAUUGUGUCACCUAAAUGCCCCUUUGGAUAUGGCCAGGAGAGCAAGCCUAAAGAAGAGUCGGGAGAAUCUGCAGUUGUGUCACCUCAAUGCCCCUUUGGAUAUGGCCAGGAGAACAAGGCUAAACAAGAGUCUGGAGAAUCUGCAACUGUGUCACCUAAAUGCCCCUUUGGAUAUGAUUCUCAAGCAUUUAAGCUGGGUCCUUUUAGCUGCAUGAUUUGUCAGGCACUUCUUUAUGAUUGCAGCAGAUGUGUGCCCUGUUCUCAUGUAUUCUGCAAAGCAUGUCUCUCGCGCUUUAAGGACUGUCCUUUAUGUGGUGCUGAUAUCGAAAAGAUACAGAGUGAUAUGAAUCUUCAGAAUGUUGUUGAUCGCUUUAUUGAAGGGCAUGCAAGGAUUAAGAGGUCUCAGCUUAAUGGUGACGAAGAAGAAGCAGGAGAGAGGAAAACAGUUAUGUACGAGGAUGUAUCACUAGAACGGGGAGCUUUCCUGGUACAGCAAGCCAUGCGGGCUUUUCGUGCCAAUAAUAUCGAUAGUGCAAAAUCAAGACUUACUAUGUGCGCAGAUGAUAUUCGAGGGGAGCUAGAAAGGCUGGGAAAUACGUCGGAGUUGUGCUCACAGCUUGGAGCGGUCCUUGGUAUGCUUGGUGAUUGCUGUCGAGCAACAGGGGAUGCUGCAUCUGCAGUCACUUACUUUGAAGAGAGUGUCAAUUUCCUUGUGAAAGUGCCCAAAGAUGAUUUAGAGAUCACACAUACUCUUUCUGUUUCGCUAAAUAAAAUUGGAGAUCUGAAGUACUAUGAUGGUGAUUUAGAAGCUGCAAGAUCACAUUACUUUAAGGCGUUGGAUGUUCGCCGCAAUGCCAUCAAACAAAAGUCUGCACCAUCUCAGAUCAUCGAUGUAGCUACUUCCCUUGCAAAAGUUGCUGAUGUUGAUCGGAAUCUUGGGAAUGAGGAUGCAGCAAUCGAUGGAUUUGAAGAAGCCAUAAAAAUGUUACAGUCGUUAGAACUAAAUCCUGAAGAAGCUAGCCUUGAACAAAGGCGGCUAUUGAUCCUCCAGUUCCUGAACAGCCAGAUGGAAAAGAAACAACCUGUUUCAAGUGCCUGAAUGAAAGAAGUCUUUUUCCAAUAUAUCAUCAAGGAUAAACUGCUUGUGCUUUCUCUCCUACUGGUUUGAAGUCUCAGAUACAUUUCAUCAGUGUGUAAAUGCAUCAUCUCAAGUGAUAAGUUCUGGCAGAUUCCCAACUGCUAUACCAGUGCCAAAUCAGUUACAGUUUUCAAUACCCCAUAUCACAAUAUCGAUGGACUUUCAUUUUCUCUUCUUUUUUUUUAAAAUAAAAUUUUUGGAGCAAAUAUUGAUUCUUCCAGUUUCAGUAGUUAAA